AUGACAGAACCGGCAUCAUCUGCGGAAUCUUGCACUGGAAACACCGAGGAGGAAAGCUCGUCGCUGCCUCCUGAAAUAGCAAUUGGAAUUGACAUUGGCACCACACCAUGUGGUGUUUCUGUUUGGAAUGGUUCCCAAUUUGAUAUUUGGACAGGCGAAAUGAAUGAGAUGAUGAAGAAAUGUUUCGAAACUUCCAAAGAUCAUGACUUUUCUAUUGGAGCAAGUAGUAGCAGCAGUAGUAGUACUGAAGUCUCACUCGAGAAUGAGAAGAUGAAUCAGUUCUUUAACAUAAUUUUCGGUGAAAGUGCAAAACUUCCAUUUCUGAUGCACACCGUGGACAUUGAGGUUCACCCUUUUGUUGCUGCAUUUAUGAACAAACUGUGGAAAUCCACUACUGCAGUAGAACUACUUGGAAAAUUUCUAACGGAAUUAAGAUUAAUCGUUGAAACUCGUCUGAACAAAGCUAUAAGAAUGGUAGUGUUUACAGUUCCGGUUUCAUUCAGUCGAUUGCAGGUAAACCGGAUAUAUGACGCUUGUGCGAUGGCCGAUCUUAAAGUUAUCAAACUGAUGCCUCAACCAAUAGCAGUGGCUUUGUGGUAUGUGAGCCAUCAGCUGUAUGGUUCUUCUGAUGAGGUUAUGGACAAUGAAAGCAAAAAAAAUGCUCUCGUUUUCAAUAUGGAUGCCGGUUAUUGUGAUGUUUCUGUUAUUGAAACAGAAAGAGGAAAAUUGCGAAUAAAAGCCAUGACAGGAAGUACUAUUGGUGUAGAAGAUUUGCUUGGAAAUAUGAUGUGUCAUCUCUUACCUGAUUCUGAAAAGAUAUUCAAGAGACAUGUUCACUGGAACUCAGAUAUUAUAUCGAUGGCUUAUCUUCGAAGUAGAAUCCACGAUGUGAUUACCAAGCUUUCGACUGAGACAAGUGUUGAUGUUGAUUUAGAGUCGAUAGAUGGUUUGAAGAUACACAGGGUUGUAACGCGGAAGGAGCUUGAGGAUGUAAACAAAAAGUUGUUUGAGAAGUGUGAAAAUCUAAUCUACGAAUGCUUGCAAGAUGCAAAGAUAGAAGCCGAGAAUAUAACUGAUAUCAUAAUUGUAGGCGGAUGUUGUAAUAUACCAAGGGUGAAGAGUCUUGUUACGGAAAUAUGCAAUGGAAAGGAAAUAUAUGAAGGUAUAGAUCCUUUGAAUGCUGUACUUUAUGGUGCAGUAGUGGCAGGAGCUCAUAAAAUGGACUCUUCUACUUCUCAAGUCACACUUCAUGCCAUCGGAAUUCAAUGUGAUGGAGAGAAAUUCGUACCUGUUAUUCCUAAGAACACAUCAGUGCCAACGGCGUGGGAUAUGGUGUUUUCAACUGUUGAUGAUAAUCAAACUACGGCAUUGAUUGUUGUCUGUGAAGGCGUUGAGGAGGGACAAAAGGCUGAAGAAAACAAUGUUUUGGGAAAUUUCGAAAUAACUGAAAUACCUGAAGCACCAAAAGGAGUUCCUGACAUCACUGUUUCGAUGAGCAUAGACCGUAAAAACAUUUUGAAAAUUACUGCUUCUGUUGGGAUGCCAAGAUUUGCUCAUGUAAUUACAAAUUUUGAUGAUCGGUUCUUAAUUAGAACAUAUGAUGAUACAAUAGAUUUGGCUAAUCUCCUCGAUGCGGAACAAUAA